AUGCACGCCUCAUCGAUCCGCGGCGCGCUGGCGCAAGUAUUCCAAAUUCCUUUACGACCGACACUGCGCAAUGCUGCCGGCCAAAUAAGCACCGGCAUAACAACAACGACGACCUCCUCGUUUUCCACAAGCGCAAGCCGCGCCGCAAAGAAAGGCCGCGGCGCCAAACCCGACCAAAGAAUAACUUUAAUCCGCUACUUUCUCUACCACCCCACAACGCUUACGCCGCGACCGUUACGGUUCUCCCGAAACCGAUAUCUCCGACACUGGACGAUCCAUCGUGCCUGGAACCUCUACCGGGCGAAAGUGAAGCAAGCUCGCCAGUUGGAGCUCGAGCGACAGUAUAACGCCAUGCACGCGGCGAAUGAGGAGUUGCGCGUCGGCGCUGGUGACGGCGGUAAGCUCUUCCGCAAGGCGCAAAUGAAGACCGGCGUCUGGAGUAUUCCCGAACGAGGCGGAGGUGUGCCAAUCGAGUAUGCGAGGGGUUUGGUCGAGUGGAUGGGGAGUACGGGUGGAUUGGGCAGUUCCGGUACUGGGUUAGGGGCCAAGGCAAAGAUCUGGGACAGUGAGUGGACGAGGUCGUGA